UUGGUGGAGGGGUUCCAGGUUGGCGAGUUCCGCCUACCGGGGGCACGUGGUAGUGACGUCAUCUCCCGGGACCAGGAAGUAAACAUGGCCAGGAAUGAGGAGAAGCAGCUGGGGAGACUCAACCGAGUGUGGCUACAGAGAGAGAGGGAAGAGGGACGUGUGAGGGACAUCGACAGUAAUCGCCCCAAGCUGGGGGCGCUGCACACAGCCACAGGUGUGAAGAAAUGGAUCCCCAGCAUCAAAAAUGAGAUGGAAUAUUAUUUAGAGCAAUCUCAGCUGAGUCACUAUUCGGAAAGGAAGAUUGGAGAAUUUGAGGUAAAGAUUGAGGCCCUAAAGAAAGAAUAUCAGAGUUACCUGUGGAAAUUGCGCAAAUUAGACCCGACCUGCAAGGAACACCCGUGGAAACCUCGAGGGUACACCAGGAAAAGGACUGCGGAUGGCAAAGUGCCGUCAUGGGUAGACACAGAUGAAACCAAUAGAGGAAAUUUGCUGCACACGCCUGUUCUCUCAAAGAAAGUGAAGGAGGAACACAGAAGUGACUCGGAGGAGGAAGAACCACAGGAAAGGCUCCAUAAAUUUCCGCUGCCGCCUCCUCCUCCUGCUCCGGCCUGUAUCGAUCCGGAAGUCCAGGAUGCACCUCUUGUCUUCAACAACGCCAAAUCUCAGCCGAGAGACAUCUGGGGGAGAUCGACUUAUAACACUGGCGGAGGGGAGACGGCGAAGAAGCUCAAAGAUAUUUUCCUGUCGGGCUCACCGCAGCAAAGCGCCAUUAACUCUGCAAACAACGUGGAGGAGUUGGCGGGAGGAGACCCGCAUACCAGUGGGAGAAGCAAGGGGAUUUUAGGGUUAGACUGUUAUUCAUCCUCUGAUGAGGAAAGCUGACACUUGGCUAGGGGCUCACUUAUUUAUAUUUUUCAAUAUCCUACAACCUUUAUUAUCCAAUACUGUUUUCAACAGUGGUAAAAAUAAAAUGUAUUUAUUUAUAUUU